GCUUCAAUUAGGUCCUAUAAACGUGCCCACAAAGUAGCUCCUACAUAGUUCUCAAUAGUCCUAGGAAGUUCCAAAGAACCAAAAAUUUCAAAACAAAAAACAGGGCCUAGACUACACUAGAAUCCUCUUAGUCAUCUUUAUAAAUACCCAACCCAUCAAAUCCUUCAACCAUCGAAAAAAAUUCAGCAAAAAUCUGUGAGUCUCUGAAGUUAUUCACAACAACAUCAAAGUUCAAAAAUGUCGAUGAUUCCAAGCUUCUUCGGGGGCCAGCGCAGCAAUAUCUUCGACCCAUUCUCUCUAAGCGUAUGGGACCCAUUCAAGGAUUUCCCAACCCAAUUUUCCGAAGAGAAUUCUGCUCUUGUUAAUACUCGUAUUGAUUGGAAAGAGACCCCAGAAGCUCACGUGUUGAAGGCGGAUCUUCCUGGGCUCAACAAGGAGGAAGUGAAAGUCGAGGUCGAAGAUGACAGAGUGGUUCGGAUUAGUGGAGAGAGGAAGAUAGAGAAGGAAGACAAGAAUGACACGUGGCAUCGUGUCGAGCGGAGCAGUGGCAAGUUUGUGAGGAGUUUCAGGUUGCCGGAGAAUGUGAAGAUGGAUCAGAUCAAGGCUGCUAUGGAGAAUGGGGUUCUCACUGUUACUGUUCCUAAAGUGGAGGUGAAGAAACCUGAUAUCAAGGCCAUUGAAAUCUCUGGUUGAUUUUUUUUUUUGUGUGUACGCGCGCGCGCUUUUGGGAAACAUUAUUAAUCUCAGCUGUGAAUGUUCCGUGUGCGAAGUGUUUGCUUAAAAUAUCGAUGCAAAUAAUACUCUUUGGCUAAUUUUUUAUGACGCUCAAGUAUUUAUGAUCGUUAUUUACUUCUUUUGUGAAA